AUGGCUUCAGUACUAGCAGAAACAUUUGAAGGAAUAUUGACUACUAAACUAAAAUCUUUCCUGGAAACUACUGAAAUUAUACAGGAGGAGCAGGCUGGUUUUAGAAAUGACAUGUCCACCUCUAACUCUUUUCAUAUCUUAAAAUCAGGGUUUAACUCUAAGAAAAGCUCAUUGGCAUUAUUUGUGGAUUUCCAGGGGGCUUAUGAUACUAUUUGUAAGAAAAAUCUCCUAAUUAGGAGAAAAAGGAAUACAAGGAAAAUGCUGGACGGGAUUGGAAGAUUUCUAACUCAGAGAUGGGUCAAGACUAGUUGGAAUAGCAUUAAGAGUCCGAAUACAGUCGGCUUUCCACAAGGUUCAGUGAGUAGCCCCAUACUGUUCAACAUUUAUGUUAAUGAUCUCACCAAGAGUUUGAAAGAGAUUGGAGAUAUCCCAAGUCAGCAUACUUGCUGA